AUGCCAGCAGUGGGAAGACUUCACGGUUCGUCUUUCCGUCCGAGCCAGUGCAAGAAACAAUCACUGCUGCACCUUCAGGAGACCAUUUCCUAUUCCGUGGUGGACAGCCGCGCGAUGGCUACGGCGGGCGAACCGCCCUGGUUGCUUGUGGUCCCUGAAUACAGCAAUCUCCCUCAGGAAGUAGUAAAUAACAGUGUCGAGGAGAACAUCUCUCGUGAGGUCAUCACUGAAGCGACAAAAUACCCUGGUGUCAUCGAUUGCCAAUUUGCUGCUGGAGGUCUCGAUCCAUCUCAUCUGAGUAGUGGGUUCUUCCGCGGGAGCACCGUUGUAGGAAUCGCUGCGCAACACCUGGACAGACUUGCUCUUGGCCGGACUCAGAGGAAUGGGAGGCGGCGGGGGAGACUGAGUAGAGUAGAGGUGGUAAAAGGAAGUGGAAGUUGA